AUGUCCUCGCCCAUCACUACCUCCGCCCGCACCCUCAGCCACCUGCCCCUCCCCCUCCCCCACCUCACCCUCAUCGUCGCCACAACCCCCAUAACAACAGCUCCGCCCUCGAGCCCCGCCCCCUCCUCACCCGCAAAAACCCCCCGCCGCCUCGGCAUCGGCCAUGCCGGGACGCUCCCCUGGCCCCGCAUAAAAGCCGACAUGACCUUCUUCUCGCGCGUCACGACACGCGCCGCUCCACUACCAACACCGCCGCCAUCACCAGAUGAUGCCACAUGCGCGAUCGGCGCAGUCAACGCGGUCAUCAUGGGCCGGAAGACGUACGAUUCGCUCCCUGCGCGCUUUCGGCCGCUGCCCGGCCGCGUGAAUGUCGUCGUGACGCGUGACGCGUCCGGGGCCGGGAGCGGCGGCGGAUUGAAGGGGAGUGGAGGGCGGCGCAGGAGCGGGAGCGGGAACGGGCCCGGGGGGGCGAGAAGGAGAGGGGGAGAAAGGGACAGGGACAGGGACGAGAGGGGCGGGAAUAUCGGAGGCACAAUCGAUGCAGAUGCAGAAGCAGAAGCGGGGACAACUGACGCUCAGCCGCCCGACGUCCUGGUUGCGGAUAGCCUUGAGUCCGCCGUGUCGGCGCUCUGCGAUGCGUUCCGGACUGCGCCCACUCCCGGGCUGCUCACGCGCAAUUCCACCCGCCGCCUGGCGAAUGUUUUCAUCAUUGGCGGUGGGGAGGUAUAUGCCUCCGCUCUUAAGCUGAAGCUGGACGGCUGGGAGGCAGCUGCGGGUAAGAUGAGGAUUGUUAUGACGGAUGUAAGGCGAGUUUCUACUCCGGCUCCGUCUCCAUCAAACGAUGCUACGGCUACGACUGUGGGUACUACCAAGGCAGAGGAUGGGGAAGGGGGGGAGUCAACGGCUGUAGAGAAUUGCGUAAAUGGGUUUGAGUGUGAUACCUUUUUCCCUCUUGAUAGUGAUGACUUAGAAGAAGGCGGUGAUGGUGGAUGGAGAAGGGUAACUACGGAGGAUGUUUCUAUUUGGGUUGGGGAAGAGGUGAAGGAAGGGUGGGCGAGGGAGGGUGAGGUUGCCUUGAGGGUUUUAGGCUUCGAGAGGAGGGUGUGA